AAGAGCAAGCAUUAGCCAUCGUGCAAUGGCCGCGUAAAGCCGACCGUGGGUUAAGUGCCGGGCAAAGUUCCAACGUUAUCUUGUUUAUUGUCAAAAAUUGACCUCUUUUGGACACACAUUAGUGAUUGCUGAAGGAUUUCUCAAUCGUUUUAUCAAGAUACGUGCAAUUGAAGCUCAUGGAAGAACCCAGCCUGCCUAUUUACCUUUAAUUUGCUGGCAGUUGUUGUCCGAUCGCUGGACCAGACACCAGUGUCGUCUGCUUUCAUCAUUUUCGCUAAAGGUGUAUUCGACAAAGUCACCUCUACCGAGAACCAUGUCGGAUUUCUACGAAGAAGCUUGCUACCUGUCCAACAGCGAAGCGGAACCGGAUUCGGAAACGGAAGAUGCCGUCGUUAAACCGGCGGCUAAAGCGGAACUGGCGUGGGAUGAUCCCCAAGCGCUGCUCAACACUUGGCUAGGAGAAUUGGACAAUUUGAAUAUGGGCUUGGAAAACGGAAGUACCGUAGCGGCGGCGGGAGGAACAUCAGGACCUCGCCCACUCACAGUUCCGGAUGUGGAUAAGUUGCAGCUGCUGCACGAACCGCGAAUCGACAGUUAUCGUUUUUCCAUGGCGAAUCUAGAAGAAUCGCAAGAUGGAGAACUCGAUGCUAUUUUGAAGGAACUCUGUGCUCUUGGAUCUCAAUUUGAUCAAGAGCUUAAAGACGACGAUGUUCCACGUUCCGCCACCAUCAGAUCAUCAGUAGGACCAAUGGAUACUUUAAAGAAGAUGAUGAACAGUAACAACGAUCAAAACGAACAAUUGACGAAAACGACCCACACACGAUCGAAUUCCGGCGGAUGCCAAGGAAAUAUUAAAAUGAGAAUCGAUUUAACCCCAGAUAACACAGAUUCUACCAGUAGAACUGACUCAGGAAUGAGAACAGAAAGCCCCGAUAAUGAUUCAGCUUUUUCGGACAACAUUUCGAUGCUGUCCAGCGAAAGCUCUGCCUCAUCGGGAGCCAGCGCUGCCAGAACGGACGCCUCUACCAAAAGUUCGACAUCGAACGCUUCGUCUACGGGUUCGUCGACGAUAGUGGCAGCCGACGAAGCGGCGCGUCUCAAGUCGGAAAAAAUCCGUUUAGCCUUGGAAAAGAUGCGAGAAGCCAACGUGAAGAAACUGUACAUCAAAGCGUUCACUAGCGACGGCAGUACCAAGUCGCUGCUCGUCGACGAAAAGAUGACGGUCGGCAACGUAACUCGGAUGUUAUCGGACAAGAAUCACGUGCGCAUGGAGCCCAAGUGGGUGCUGGUUGAGCACCUGGCCGACAUGUACAUGGAGCGCUUCUACGAAGACAAUGAAAUGCUGGUAGAUCAGCUGAUGUUGUGGACACGCGAUUCGCGCAACACGCUCCUCUUCGUUGAGAGACCGGACAAGUAUAGCAUUUUCUCUCGGCCAGAAGACUAUUUGCUGUCGUUCAACUCGUCGUCGGAGAAGGACCGCCAUCUCGACGAUGACGGUCGAUCGGCCUUAAUCGAAGAAUUCUUUUCGGGCACCGGCGGCAACGGCGUCGGUGUACCCGAAAUCGAAGGUCCACUUUACCUCAAAGCUGAGGGCAAAAAAGCCUGGAAGCGAUUCUACUUUGUCUUGCGCGCUUCGGGCAUCUACUACUCACCAAAGGGCAAGUCGUCGUCCAAGUCUUCCAAAGACCUUGUCUGUCUGGCCACGUUCGACGUCAAUCAAGUCUACACUGGCGUCUCGUGGCGCAAGAAGUUCAAAUCGCCCACAGAUUUCGGCUUCGCCAUCAAACAUCCCAAACUGCAGUCGAGAUCGUCAAAGUACAUCAAGUACCUGUGCGCCGAAGACGAAAGAACCUUGGCCAGGUGGGUGAUGGGCAUCCGCAUUGCCAAACACGGACGGGCCUUGUUGGACAACUACCGCGCGCUGGUCGAAGAGCUGGCGCAGGAAGAUUUGGACCAGCUGGCCAACGCGCGCAGCUUUUCGUUGGCUUCCGUCAGCCUAGGCGGCGCCGCCGCAGCGACAGCGGCCGUUUGCGUCGAGUCCUUGACGGACGAAAACGAAACGCCGGUCAACACGCUCGAACGCGGAAUAUCUGGGUUCCCCAAUGCGUCGAGGCCGCUCUCUCGACAAGACAGCCUUAAAAGCCGAGCGUCCAAUUCUUCAUCCAGCGGAUGCUUGUCGGAGCGUUCCAGCAACGGCACAGCCACGCCCACCUUUGAAAAUGCAUUCGAUUCGGACUUCCCGAUGGGCACCAUUAAGCGCAAGCCAUCCAUGACGCCGAAGCUGCCCUUGACAACGACGACGCGAUUGCUGGUCAAAGAACUCGAGGGGGACACGGUAGAUGGCCCAUCGGCCAUGGAGGCCCGCAACACGCUCAGGCAAAGCUGCCGAAAAUCGCUUAACGAGGAGGUGAAUACGAUCCGGCGCAAAAGCAACGCUGCAUCCAACGCUGCAUCCAACGCUGCAUCCAACGCUGCAUCCAACGCUCAAACGGCUCCGGUCAGCUGCGUUGUCGAUCCGUCGCGAUCCGUCGUCCACGAGAUGAACGAUUCGCAAGAUGUCGAUUCGCUACCGCUACCGCCGCCACCCACGUUCAGCUCUCCAGACGAUGGCAUUAGCUGCGAUGCAGAUUUGCUGCCUCCUCCUCCGCCGGAAGCUUUCAACCAGACCGACUGCGGUUCGUUCCCGCUUCCGCCAGCCGAAUUACUUGCUUCCAACGCCUCUUUUCUUCCCUAUCAACAGUCCAUGUCUCCUCGCAUAUUGAGAUCCAAGCCUCCUAGUCCUACCCCUCCGCCACCGAGCGCGCCUGGAACGUUGAAACCCUGUUUGAAGUCGAGCUCGUUGCUCCCUAACGUACCGCCGAAACCUUUGAUGGCCGUUGCGAAGCGGGAGGGUGUCAACAAUCAAGCCAUCUACGCCAACUCUGGCAAAUCGGCCAUGCCGGCUCCUCCUCCACCUCCGCCAACGCAAAGCAGCCCGAGCAAAAAGAACAGGAGGAUCACGUUCGACGAACACGUCGCCUGCAGCCCGUCGCCGAUGAAUUCGCCUCCGAAACCGCCCAGACCGCCCGUCCUUCCGAAACGGGUUGACCCUUUGCGUUCUUCGCUGAAACAGCAGCCGAUUCCGCAGAAAUUGACGGCCCCCGGGUGCACGGUGACUCCGCCGCGCGAGUUUCUCAAAGACCUGCAACGGGUGAUGCAGAAGAAGUGGCAGGUCGCCCAGAAAUGCAAGGACGACACGGAAGUGACGCCGCACUCGGUGCUUGGAUUCAGAGACCAACCGCCGCCCAUCGCGCCCGUUCCGGCCGCCUAUAAAGAGAACAGUGUCCGUGCGUGGGUGGCUGAGCAUUACGGGUCCGGCUCUGAUGUCAGCUCUUCAGAUAACUCGAUGGGCUUCUACGAGAAUGUGUUUGUGCCUUCUUCGUCGACGGUCGCCACCUCUGCCACAAAUGGCGAUGACUAUCGCAACACGGUCGAACUCCGGGAGUACACGCAUCCAUACUUGCCUGUUCAUCCGAAUCACACGCAUUCAGCGCGAAUGAGCUCGGCCUCGACUGGGACGAGUGUUUCGACGACCAGCAGCAAGCGCCUACCCCCUCCUCCGCCGAAGCGAAGCGAAACGACCCACUUAUCGACUCGAAUUCAUUAAUUUUUCAAGCGUUCCAAAAAGAAACUAAAAAUAGCAAAUACCGACCAUGUCUUUAUGUACAUAGGAUGAGACGACGUCUACAUUCGUCAGGAUUUAAUUUUUUUUUUUAUUUUAAUUUUAUUUUUUUAAUUUUUCAUGUGUGUUAUUAUUAUAAUUUUUUUUUCCAAGAGAAGGAGUGCCUUGUUUUUUCUUUCUAUUAUUAUUUUAGUAAAAAAAUUUUGCAGAAGUUUUCCAGAAAAUGUUUUGGGAGUUAUCUGGUCAGCGCUGUGUAAGCUACUCUUGUUGCAGCUCUUAUCUUAGUUUAAAUGAGAAAAUGCAGCACCUGUUGGCGAAUUGGUAUCAAACAUCUUUUUCUUUUUUUUUUUUCUUUUCUUUUCUUUUCUUUUAUCAUUAUCUUUUUAUACCUAAUGGUAAUUAUAAAAAUCGCUAAAUAUGAUUUGGCGUCACCCAGGAUAUCGUGCCGGUAAACUACUUAGCGAAAAAGAAAUUUGCUACCUACCAGCAUAUAUAUAUAUAUAUUUUUUUUUAACUACUAUAUUUUGAGAAGAGUAAGAUGCAUCGCCAAGUGCCAAAUUAAAUAUUCGCGCUUCUUGUUGACACUCCAAUUACAUCCCCCAUUUUUUUUUUUUUUUUUUUAUUUUUUAGUUUAUGUUUUCUUCGUCUUUUGCAGUUUCCUGAUUCCCCCCUCGCCCCUGUUUUUUUGGUUGUGUGAUUACUGUAUUUCCUUUACCGUCUCCCCAUACUGAUAUCCUUUAUCGCAUUUGAUCUUGUAAACCGUGGCGCUGCAGGUCACUAUUUUAUUUACCCACCCAAUUAUCUUUGUUGUUUCAUAAACUUUAGUGGUUUUGUCACAUGAUGUAGGAGCAUCGGAUUUAAUGCGAGAACCUGCUUAUUCAUCCACUUACUUGGAGCUGUCCUAUAUUAUUGCACUGUAAAUCAGGUGUGCGCGUGUUUGUGUUCACGCGUCAAACAGACGAGCGUGUGAUGUUGGUUUUUCGUAUCGGGGGAGAAAAAAAAAUGUAAUGGGGAUCAAUGAAUCGAUUUACACAGGUUUCGAUAUUUGUGUUAUGUAUCAUACAUAAUAUAUAACGUGUAUUACCGUCUUUCCUUCUUAUAUACAGUUUCUCUUUUCUGUUUUAAAGUCGACCUCAUGCGCUGCUGGUAUAUAAUGCUAUUUCAGAUGUGUUAAUAAAAAUCAAAUACAGUUUCGCAAUCCAGCGGAAAGAUUCCACGAA